AUGGCACUAAAAGGUUUAACAAAUAGCAAAAAAAUUAUCAAUAUUAUCAAUAAGUAUGGACACAGCUGUAGCUAUACCGUUUUAGAAGAACUAGAAACGGAAGCGACAUUUGGUUCAGCACAACAGAAUUUUGUUUGCCCUGAAGGUAUUAUCCGCUCAAAAAACUUAUGCACAGGUGUGGCAUAUGAUAAUUUCGAUAGGUUUGUGGAUACCUCAAGCGGCAAAGACACAUUGCAUGAUACCGUGGGUAUAAUAUUUCAAGAUAUUAGCAAUUUCAAUGAAAGUAAUUCUAAUAAUGUAAUAAUGAAUGUGGCUGAAGAAUCCGACAAUACACCUCAAGAAUUGAAUGAAAUACGUGAAGAAAUUAAUGAAGCUCCACAACAACAUCAGCAAGAAUUAAAUGAAACAACUGAUGAAAUUAAUGAAGCUCCACAACAACAUCAACCGUUAGGAAUAACACGAAGAAGGCGACGCACUUUUGAUGCCGUGACUUUUGAAAUUGAAUCAUACAACAAAAGGCCAAAAUUACGCGAAACUCUUGAACCAAUAACAAGCUCAUUACGUUUACAGAUUCCAACUUAUAUUUCAAAGUUUGAGCAUAUUGAUCUUGCUUGGAUACUUCGCCACUUUAUCGACAAACCCCGUAUACCGUCAUGGGUAGGAUUCAAUAGCAUUUUCCACGAAAGUACAAGUUGUAAGCAAAAAAUUGCAUAUCUGACAACAAUUAACUCAUCACCUACCAACUCUUCCGUAGUCCUGGAAACAAUGAAGCAGGCUCAACAAAUCGCACUUGAAUGUAAAGAACCUUAUAUGGAGAUAACAUAUGAUUUAGCAAUUGCUAAGGUCGCUUUACAGAUCAAAAGUACAGAAAAACCACGAUUUGAUAAUUUGUUUAUCCAUUUCGGGUCUUUUCAUAUUAUGAUGGCAUAUUUCAAAGCAGUAGUUUUCAUCAGUUUACUAUAUCAUGAAAAUUUAUUGAAAGUAAGCAUAACUCAUCCUGGAUUAGAAUUACAGUUUCAAAAAGGAUCCUAUGGAAUAAAAAGAACUGAUAAGCCAUUCUCGAGACAGCCAGUUGACCUAACAUUAGAGCAAACAAGCUUGGAGAAAAAUAUAGAAAUGAAUGCCCCUGAAGCAUAUAACGAAAAUGCAGUAAGAGGUACGAUUUUUGGUGAACAUUUCAAUAUUAAAAGUCGAGAUCAAGUACGACCAUCAAAUUUUACAAAUGAAUUGAAGAAUAUCAACUUCAAAAAUGCACUCAUCAAGUUUCUCUGUGAAGACUGGGAAAAUAAUUAUAUGGUUCCAUUCAUUGGUGUAAAGACAAUUUAUAUAAACUAUGAAUCCUGUCACAUGUACCAAGUACAGAAUGAAAAAAUGAUAAGAAGCAUAGUACCAGAAUUAGUCUGCUCAGCUCACGAAGAAGCUGAUACAAAAAUGGUCUUUCAUGUUUGUAAAACAGAUUUUGAUGCACAUGUCACCAUAAGAUGCUCUGACACUGAUGUUUUAAUAAUAUUGUUGAGCAAUAUGCAACAUAUUAGAAAGAAUGUACAAAUAAACAUUUUACAUGGAAGUGGUAAUACAAAGAGAUACAUAAAUGUAACUAGAUUAUACGAAGUUCUAGGAAGAGACUUAUGCUCAGCAUUACCUGGAUUUCAUGCGUUUACAGGAUGCGAUUUUAAUCCAGCAUUAUACCGACGAGGCAAAAUAUUUCCAUACAAAAUAUUGUCAAGUUCAGAAAAAUACAUAAAAGCUUUUUCAAAUCUUUCGGACUUCACCAAUUGUGAUAGACAAGAAGUUCUGAAAAUAAUUGAAGAAUUCGUUUGCAAAAUAUACAGCUUUAAAAGCAUCAAUGAUGUAAAUGUUGCACGAGUUGCUACAUUUACAAAAGUUUAUCAAAUGAAUUUAAAAACAGAUUUAUUUACAUUCAAAAAUACAAUCAAUGGAGCGACAUUUCCGCCAUGUAAAACGGAAUUAUAUCAACAAGUUCUGCGUGCAGCAUACAUAGCUCAUCUUUGGAGUCACGCUCAUUUAACAGUUCCAACAGCAUUUUCACCGACAGACUAUGGAUGGGAACAAAAAGAUGGGAAAUACGAGUUCAAAUGGUUUGAUGGUGAUCAACUUCCACCAAGUAUCCAAAGUGUCACAGGAGGUGUCAACACUACAGAUGAAGCAGAACGAGAAACAGAAGCUGAAAACAUCGAAAUUGAAGAAACUGAGGAACAGGAAGAAAAAGAAAAUGAAUCAGUUUUUGAUUCUUCUGAUGAUAACAGUGAAGAAACUGAGUAUGAAUCAGACUCUUCAGUGGAUAGUAGUGGUGAAGAUAUUAAUGAU